UCAUCUUCAGAAUUGCAGACAUGUUCUGGGAAAAACAAGCCUAGUAUUUUGCUAGAUUAAUGAAAAGUUACAUUAACCAACCAUAAUAGCUGUGUAUGCAAUCCGUUCAAAUCAAGCUAGCGAGCGAACUGAUUAGCUGGCUAAAUUAGCUACGACAUUUACGUUAGCUAACUAUCUUGGUUUGUUUAUCCAGUUCAGAAGAAUGUUUUGCGUUUCAAUUCACAUAACAUUCGUCUACUCUCCACCAUUUUAGUUAAUAUUGCUAAGAGAGUGUUUUUUUGUGUGUGAAAAUAACUAACUAACGUUAACAUAGUACCGAAUGAAAGAAGAAAGCUAGCUAAAGAUAACCCUUGCAAGUUGGACCUCGGUGACAUUUUACCUGCACUGCUGACUGACAAAUGAAAAAACGUUGUGCAAAUCAACCUUUGAAAAGAUCUCUCAAAGGAAAUGCCAUUGGACUCCAUAUGUUGGGAAUUGGCAAGAUGCCUAGCUCUCAAACUGAAGCAGUGCAUUUCAGCACAGUCCUCAACAGCAGUGACUACUUCUUUCUGAGCCAGGUACCAUCUCCAGGAGUGGUUGUCCAAGGCAGCAUCUUCCAACAUGCGUUUACUCCUGCUUUUGUGCUUCAGAAUAAUGCCCAAAGGAUUGACGGCACAGUAUGUCUUCAAGCAGAAGAAUCGCCCAAGAAAAUUCCUUCUCUCCUACAACCUGCAGGUGAUGACAAGGAAGAAACCUCCGUCUGUUCUGGUAUGCCAACAUCAGGGACUAGUCACUCCUCACCAACGCCCUCUGGUGGCAGUUUGGAGACAGUCGCUGAUGACGAUGACUUCACAAGCAAUUACUUUACCAACUCCAAAACCAGACGACCAAGGAAGAAGCGAAUGAAAGACCCGUUUGGAAAGUUGGUCCCAGACAAACCCACCACAAAACGGCGAAGAGUCAAACAGAAUCAUCCCAUAUCACCUCCUCCUAAAAAGACAUCUGCUGACAUUUCUGAGGGGAUUGAUGUGUUCUGCAGAUGUGUGAGAGUGGGGACAAUGCGCAGGACACCUUCCAAGCAUGUCACCUUUACAGCAGAGUACAUCCAGAUCGAUGAACAAGUGCGACUGUGGUCGUAUAGUCUGGCCAGCUGUGCGUGGUGCCAUGCCCGAAACUUGCCUGCCCUUUUCCUCAAGACCACCUCAGGGGAGUCCCAGCGCCUCCGCCUUCUCCUCAAGAUGUCCCGAGCCAACGGGGGUGCCUGGUAUGACAGUAAGGGCCAACAUCUCGGCGAGAACUACAUAAUCUUAGUGUUUGAGAAUAUGCUGUCUGACCUGGAGAAAGUUGAACUGGAGAAAAUCUUAAGAGAAAUUGGCAGAGCAAAUAAAGCUCCUGAGGAUUUCACAUUACAGUUGCCAUUUGUGGAGGCCAACAGAAUACUGAUGCAUUCCUCCCAUCCAACCCCAGAGAAGCAAGUUUCAGAGCCCUUUGCAUGCCCACCAAAAUCUCCUCCUCGCCUAGCUUCAUCAUUUCUGCACAAGGUAUCCCAGGCCAUUUCAGGUCCAUCUAAACCUCCGACCUCUGAUGCGUUUCAUCAUCAGUUUUUGGAUUCCAUUUGUGGCUCCAGUAAACAGACACCAUCUUCCAAGCUUCUUGCCCCAAGAUGGAUUCCACCUGCCCCACAACUGAUCUCUCUUGCUCCGCCACUGAUCUCUCUUGCCCCACCACAAAUCUAUUUUGCCCUACCACGGAUCUCUCCUCCCCCAGCAUGCCUGUCUCCUCCCCCAGCAUGCCUGUCUCCUCCCCCAGCAUGCCUGUCUCCUCCCCCAGCAUGCCUGUCUCCUCCCCCAAUACAAGUCUUGGAUGAUGAUGAAAUAAUGGAGAUUGAAUCCACCUUCAAAGGGCCAGUCAAAAGGAUUAUACUGUACCCCCCUCAUCCAGCCAGAGGGGGGAUCUCUGUCACCAAUGAAGACCUGCACUGUCUCAACGAGGGAGAGUUCUUGAAUGAUGUCAUCAUUGACUUUUACCUGAAGUACUUGGUCUCUGCAAUGCUGAAAGAGGAGGAUGCCAACAGGAGUCACAUGUUCAGCUCCUUCUUUUACAAGCGCCUCACUCAGACAGAGCUGAGAAAAACCCCAUGCUCUGAGGACCUACCUGUGAAGAAAAGGAGACACAACCGAGUGAGAACAUGGACCAGGAAUGUUGACCUCUUCCAGAAGGACUUCAUCUUUGUCCCCAUAAAUGAAUCGGCACACUGGUUCCUGGCAGUCAUCUGCUUCCCUGGCCUAGAGGACCUCCAGCAGGAGCCCCUGUCUCCAGACUCCCCAUUCCCAGCCUGGCUGGAGGAAGCAGAGAGCAGCUUGGACAAGUGCUUCCUGAUGGACAACACCUCCCCCAACCCCAUGUCCCUGUUCUUCAGCCCCCCGGGCAGCAGCACCAAGGGUCAGCCAGGCCCAGAAGCCCCAGACUGUGACCUCACCAUAGGGGUGAGGCUGUGUGUGUGCUCAAACGGUGGGGGCGGAGAGGAGCUGGAAUCGGUCAUGAAGGAGCUCAGUGUCAGCCCUACCACCACAGGUCUGAUAAAGAAGCAGCUCCUCUCAGAUGAUUGCAACGGAUAUGAAAUAGAAAAGGAUAUCUUUGCCUUUUCUCCUGUUCAGGAUUCAAAUCAGGACCAGUGCAAUGAGAGUGAACAGCAGGACGGUGUCGAUGUCUCCUCCCAACCCACUACCUGUAAACAACCUUGUAUCCUUAUCAUGGAUUCCCUAGGAGGCCAUGUGAGAUCGGGGGUCGUGAAGAUCCUGCAAGAAUACUUGGAGGUGGAGUGGGAGGUGAGGAAAGGCAGUCUGAGGAGUUUCUCUAAAGAUUCGAUGAGGGGCUCAAACCCCCAGGUCCCUCAGCAGGACAACUACAGCGACUGUGGUGUUUACCUGCUUCAAUAUGUGGAGAGCUUUUUCCAGAAUCCCCCAAAAGAUUUUGAGCUGCCCAUGGACCUGAAGGAAUGGUUUCCACUGAUGCUGGUGAAGCGCAAGCGAGCAGAUAUCAGGAAACUCGUCCUCAAAAUUCAACAUCAACAAGAGGACACACAUGACUCAUAACCUCCAUUUUAAAUGGAUAUAGUAUUCAAUACGAUGAAAUUCACCAUUUGAUUUGGUGGGGUUAUUUAGUCUCCCUUGGUCCAAUGGACCUGGCUCAGUGACUGUACAUUUAGUUCCUUUACCUUACUCUGUAUCACAUUGUUACUGUGUAUGUAUAUAUACAUACCUCACCUUUUUAAUUUUAAGGCAUAAUCUUUUUUCAUGGCUUCACUUGUGACUAAGUAUCUGUGUUUUGCAAUGUUUAUUGGUUGAUAGGAUGGUGAUAUGAUUCUUCCCUUAGUUGUCGCAUCACAGAUUAAAAUAGCAUAAAUUGAGAAUUUCUGUGAAAAUGUAGCUUUGUUCUAUAAAGGGUUCCGGUUUAUUCUUAAUGUCCUGUUAUGCUUGAAAAUGUAAUGUCAGAGUCAUGAGAUUGUUGUAAUAUGUUGUUUUGUACAUUUUUGAAUGUCUCUUUUAAGUUCUCAUAGCACUUGCAUUAUUUGUGAGGGGCACUUUGUUGGAUUGCCCAUCUGUUAAGCGAGCAGCCUAGCAUUGUUCAAUUUCAUUUGAAGUAGAAGAAAGUGAAAAAUAAAGUAAAUGUUUAAG